UUCGAAUCAAGUUGUCGACACCGCUCACGAACUUGCUUUUUUAGUUAGCCCAUGCACAUUUGUCUUGAUUUUAUAGCGAUUUGGUCUUUAACAAAAAUUUACGAUUCACUAAUUUUAAAUGCUCAAACAAUUAUUCAAUUAUAUUUUAUUUAAAAAAAUUACAUAAUUUUCAAUUUUCUCCGUCCGUGAAUACUUGUAAAUAUUUGUUAACUUAUGUUUUUAUAAACAAAUAUUACGAACACUAAAAUUAAAAAAAUUUAAAUACAGAUGAACUACAAUUGACAUGUAAAAUGAUGACAAUUUUCGAGUAUUAAUGGCAUAGGCUAAAUGAUGUUACAAAAAAUGCAGAACUUCACUGCCAGCAAAAGACAGACUGCAAACAGUGUCUUGAAGCACCUGUAAACAGUUGGGGGGCCACCGUGCGAUGGCAACGCCCCCCGACAGCCCGAUCAUAGAAGAUGUAACACUCAUUGAGCUUGAGGAGCAAUUAUAUAAUUCAUCUGCUUUCCAGCACGCUAGGCCAGUGGCUUUAGAGGAUCUUUGUCGACAAACUAAAUUUACUAGACAAGAAAUUCGUAUUAUGUAUAGAGGAUUUAAACAGAAAUGUCCGGAAGGAGUUGUGCAUGAAGAUUUGUUCAAAGAUAUAUACUCCAAGUUUUUCCCUCACGGAAAUUCGAAUUUAUAUGCUCAUUUUGUGUUCAAAGCAUUCGAUGUCAAAUGCAACGGCGCAAUUAGUUUUAAAGAUAUGUUAAUGACAUUAUCCACACUACUGCGUGGAUCUAUUUACGAAAAGCUCCGAUGGACUUUUAAGCUUUACGAUUUGAAUGGUGACGGAUGCAUAACAAGGUCUGAGCUCGGUCAAAUCGUGCUGGCCAUUCACGAGCUAAUGGGCAAGAGACCACAAGGCCGUAGCAAUAGCAAAUCAAAGGAUCAAACAGAUAUGGUUUUUCAAAAGCUUGAUAUCAACCAAGAUGGUGUUAUAACAUUUGAAGAAUUCAUUGAAUCUUGUUUAAAGGAUGAAGGAAUUACCAACUCAUUACAAGUGUUUGAUUCGAGAUCUCUGUGAUUAUCGCUAUCCUCCGUCAAUUCUGUAGAAGUAUCACUCUUGUCUUGUGAACAAUCUGAGCAAGAUCAGGAAGAGAAAAUGGCGGAGGAUCAAUGUCAAACGCGAUCAGCAGGCAAUCAGCAGCAGUCUUCCCAAAACAAUAUUUUCUUUGAUUUUUAAUUAUAUCAUUAUCAUAAAAAUAUAUUAAUUUAUCGAUCUUCUUAGGAUUGUAAGUGAAAUUUUAAAUUAUAACACCGUUAACAUAUUUUAA